GAGAGAACCUCCGUCAAAGAAACAAUUGUCUAUGUGGUCCGAACUUAUUCGUACCUAAGUUUGACGAUGAGAAUUCUAGAGUGACAACUCAGUCACCUGCUUUGAACUUUAUCACCUCUUUACCUCGCCGAUGGCAUCAUUUUGACCCUUCUCUCUCAUAUUCUCUUUAGCCCUUUUUUUUUCUCUCCCUCUUUUUUAGGGUCUCGUUGAUCGUGGUUUUGCCUAUAGCCAUGGCUGUGGAGCUCAUGAUGGGUUACAGAAACGAAAGCUUGGUUAAACAAAUUGAAGAGAACGCAGUUCAAGAGGCUGCCUCUGGUCUUGAGAGUGUUGAGAAGCUCAUCAAGUUGCUCUCUCAGUCUCAAAAACAAGAGGGUCAAGUUUCUUCUUUACAGCUUCAAAGAUCGUCCAUGGAUUUAGACAUGGAUUGCAGAGCUGUUGCUGAUGUUGCUGUGAACAAGUUUAAGAAGGUAAUCUCUCUCCUGGGUCGAACCAGAACCGGCCAUGCUCGCUUCAGGAGGGCCCCAAUGGCUUCUUCUACUUCUUCAUUUCCAAAUCCAGUCCCAGAGCACUCCCAUGAGGUAUCUGAAGUUAAGAUUUACUGUCCAACACCAAUCCAACAAGUCCUUCCCGUUCAUUAUCAUCAACCUCAGCCGGAGAAUCAGGUGGUGAUUCCAAGAAAUGGUGUGAUGGAAAGGAAGGAUUCGGUGUCGAAGACGAUAAGUUUUUCGUACACGCCGGCGAUUUCUCGUGCAAAUUCGUUCAUGUCGUCGUUGACCGGUGAGACUGAUAGCAAACAGCAUUCUUCAUCGUCGGCGUUUCAGAUUGCCAAUCUGUCUCAGGUUUCUUCCGCUGGAAAGCCUCCUUUGUCCUCGUCUUCCUUUAAGAGGAAGUGCAGUUCGUCGGAAAACGCCGCCUCCGGCAAGUGCAGUGGCUCUUCCGGCCGCUGCCACUGUUCCAAGAGAAGGAAGCUGAGACUGAAGAGGGUAAUUAGGGUUCCGGCGAUAAGCAUGAAGAUGUCGGACAUACCACCUGACGACUAUUCUUGGAGGAAGUACGGACAGAAACCCAUUAAAGGGUCUCCACAUCCAAGGGGUUACUACAAGUGCAGUAGUGUGAGGGGAUGUCCAGCACGUAAACAUGUUGAGAGAGCUUUGGAUGAUCCAACCAUGUUGAUUGUUACCUAUGAAGGGGAGCACAACCACUCCCUCUCUGUUGCAGAAACAGCUAAUCUUAUUCUAGAGUCUUCUUAGAUCACCCUUAUCAUCAUCGUCAUUUUCAGGACUUGCCAUGGUUGUGUUCUGCUAAGUGUAGGGUACAAUCUGAAUCAUCAGUAUGGUAUUUUGUAACACUCAGCUGAGUUCAAUGACUGAGUUCAUUGACUCAGCAAGCUCUAUCUCGAAGGAGAUUAUGUUGGCUGGGUUAGUUUAUUCCUUUGUACAACACUGGAUUCUUUGCUUUUUCUCUCUCUUUCUCUUGAACUUACUGUGAAUUAAUUAACAAUUAGUAAAAAGAAAGAAAGAGGUGGUAUUGAAUUUGGUUGUUGUUUCACUCUCUUCGCUUUAGUGUAUUGUUUGCUUUAUUUUGUUGUUCUUGUCGUUGGAUGCCUCAUGCCUACUUAAAUUACACUUCGAACCCUUUAAUGGUG